ACUUUGUCGUAAGAGCAAAGUUAAGAAAAAAGUGGCACUGCUUUGUGAAUCCGGCCCCAGUAGGUGGCGGUAUGACUCUUUUUGCAUGUAUGUUGUAUCAUUGGCAAAGGCUGCUACUACACAGUACACACAGCCUGCACAGAGACACAUCAGGCAGGUUGCUGCAAGAUGGCUAACGCUACGCUUCAGUCGUUCAACGUCUUUCUGACGGAAAGAUUAACCGCAGCUGCUGUAGACAUCUAUGGAUUCGUUGAGAAGACAAUAAUAGACUACCAGGAGGAGGUGUACCAAGCCAAGCUGGAGAACCAGAGGCUGCAGCGGUUGCUGGAUUUGGUCUACAAGCCAGAGAUCAGACUGCACAGGGCAGAUUCAAGGCAGAUCGAUUUGCCCACAGCCACACAGGAGGUUUGUGCUCAGGAGCAGCAGAUACAAAAGGAAUGUAUUCCCAGUGAGGCCAAGGAGGAGCCAGGCAUCUUGCCCAUUAAAGAGGAACUGACUGACCUCUGGAUCGAGUCUGUGGAGACACCUGUAUGUCCGGCAUACAGCAGCGUUACACACUCACUAACUCAAAUUGUCACAGUUGGACAGCAAGAAGAACACGAGAUGCCAGACAACCUUACUCAAGUUGUGACAGUUGGAGAGCAUGGCGAAUAUGAAGCGCAAGACAGCCUGACUCGAGUUGUAAGAGUCGGGGAGCACAUGGAUUAUGAGAUACCUUUACAAGAGGACCACCCGUCACCAUCAUUUGAAGCAUCUGCAGAAUAUACAGUGAAGCAAAAUGUGUUUUUUUGCAACAUUUGCUCUCAGUGUUUUCUGACAAGAGUCGAGUUAAAAUUGCACCUUGCAGCUCACGCAGCAGGAAGUUUACCAAAUCCCACCAACAAUGCAUUCACCUGCUCCGUCUGUGGUAAGAUCACAGACACCCGGAGCCAUAUGAUCUGCCACAUGAGAACACACACCGGCGAGAAACCGUUCGCCUGUCCCAUUUGUGGUAACAGAUACAAGCUGAAAGGUCAUAUAAAAGAACACAUGAGGACUCACACUGGAGAAAGGCCUUACACCUGCUACAUCUGUGGGAAAAGCUUCAACAGAUCUUCGACCAUGAGUAAACACGCCAGGAUCAAGCACAGGGAGAACAUGCCGUUUAAGUGCAUCCAGUGCAACCAUCGCUUUCCUCUACUCGUUGUUCUCAAGCAGCACAUGAGGAUGGUCCACGACAUCACCUUCUCUGUAUGAAAACGUUGGAGAAACACUGAUGCUGACGACUGUUUACAGUUCAGAAGUUACACUGAGUCUGAUAGCAUGUCUGAUGGCGGUGGCUUCUUUGUAGGUUCACCAUUUAUGCUUGUAUGUUUGUUGAAAUUGCAGCUGACAUGUUUCUCUUAGCACUUUCAAUCCAUUGCACUAAUACAACUGCUCAUGCUGUUCAGACGCUCCUGAGGAUUUCAUGUAAUUGUAAUCUGCUUUGAAUCUAACGUAACACGUUCAGUAGAUAUUUACUGACACAUUCAAUGUACUCAGCAAAUCGUUUUUUGAAAGCACAUAAAGGAACACCUUCAGAUAAAAUGAAUCUCAAGGGCUUUUGUAUUUAACAAAAUUAGCUUUACGCACUUUAUUUAAACUUUGAUUUUGACAGUUGUACUUCCUUAAAGUAUCUAUUUAAUUUAUGUGACUUUGUUGUUAUUGGCUUCUAAUAUGUUGCCUGUAAUGUGUUGUUUUUGAAAAGUGCAAUAACAAUAAAAUGAUAGAACUGCUCUAGUCUUUCAUUCUAUGUUUGUGAGCAUUAUAUGUGGAGGUAGAAAUCAUGACUUUAGAAGAAGAAAAGCAAAACCAUGCUGUCACUGCAUUUUUUAAGAUCCAUACCAAUAUUUAUACUUGAGAUCCCACAAAUUGAGUUAUUAAAGAGCCGGGUUUUGCUGACCUCUGAUAGAGACUAUAAAAAAGUGGGAUGUAGUCUCUGUGUCG